GCUUCUAACAAACGCACCCACACACUCCUCUCGCUCGCGCGGCGCAGGUCCGAGGCUAAAACCCUAGCCUAGAGGGGAGCCACCAUGACGGCGCCGGCGGACAAGGGGAAGAAGGCCAAGACCGACGCCGACGCCGCCGACGAGAACGAGCAGAUCGACGGCGCCCUCGUCAUGUCCAUCGAGAGGCUCCAGGAGAUCCAGGACGAGCUCGAGAAGGUUAAUGAGGAAGCAAGUGAUAAGGUUUUGGAGGUCGAGCAGAAGUACAGUGAGAUUCGCAGACCUGUCUAUCUUCGAAGGUGUGACAUCAUCAAAACAAUCCCAGACUUUUGGCUGACAGCGUUUCUAAGUCAUCCUCUUCUCAGCGAGCUUUUAACUGAAGAGGAUCAGAAGAUGUUCAAGUACUUGGACUCUGUUGAUGUGGAUGAUUCUAAAGAUGUCAAGUCAGGCUACUCCAUCACUCUUAACUUCUCUGAGAAUCCGUACUUUGAAGACAGCAAGCUUGUCAAGUCAUAUGCCUUUGCUGAUGAUGGAACAACCACAAUAAAUGCUACUUCCAUUAAGUGGAAGGAAGGAAUGGAAGUUAAUGGAAAUGCAAUUAAGAAGAAAGGCAACAAGCGCCCAUUGGUUGAAGAAAGUUUCUUCACCUGGUUUACUGAUACUGAGCACAAGAGUCUUGCUGAUGGGGUGCAAGAUGAGGUUGCGGAGAUCAUCAAAGAAGAUUUGUGGCCCAACCCUUUGAAAUAUUUCAACAAUGAGGUUGAAGAGUUUGAAGACGAUGAUGAAGAGCCAUCUGACGAGGAGGUUGAAGAGGACGAGGAUGAGGAGAACUGAGCCCGCCCUUAGAUGGAUUGGUGAUCCUGUUGUCUGCAGUUUGUGGAGGCCGUGGCUGUGUCUGAAGGGUGAAGUCAUGUGAUGACCCUUUCGUGAUGGUUUCUUUUUUUUUUGUGCUUGACUUAGCUGGAACUUAGCCUUAGGAGCUGUUUAAUGUCUUAUGAAGUACUGUCGGGUAUGUUCGACUUAAAGGAGACCUCUAUAUCAUAAUCUGGCUAUAUUAUGAGGACAAAUUUAACAUGCUAUGUCUGUCUGUGGCCCUUGUCGGCGCUGCAAUCU